GGCUGCCGUAGUUGUCAGUAAGAGCAGCCAGCUGGUCCUCAGAUCGGGUUGAUCCGGUUCUAAGAUGUUUAUGUUCGUGUAGUUGACACCUGCCGCGGGUAAGCAUGUCUCUGAAGGCGGAGGGCGGCCGGGGGUUCUACUUCCACACCGUCCUGUCGCUGGCCCGGUCCCUGGCGGCUCACCAGCAGGCUCCGGUAGAAAAGGUCCAGAAGCUGCAGUGCAUGUGUCCCGUGGACGUCAGAGGGGUCUUCCAGCUGGACGAGAGAAGAAGAGACGCCGUCAUCGCACUUGGGAUUUUUCUGGUGGAGUCCGACCUGCAGCACCGAGAUGUUCUGGUCCCCUACCUUCUCGGGCUGCUCAGAGGGCUUCCUAAGGUCCAGUGGAUUGAAGAGAGCUCACAUCGCAAACAACAGGGAACUCUUCCAGUGGCAGAGAACUUCAGCUUCUGUCUCGUAACGUUGCUCUCAGAUGUUGCCCAACGAGACGAGAGCUUACGAGGGCAGAUUCUGGAGACAGUAAUGGACAUCAUGCAGGUCCUUCAAAACAUCUGCAAAAAUCCAGAUGCUCAUGACAAAGAGUAUCUGUGCAGGUACACCGUGCCCACUUUACUUGGCGUUGCCAGAGCCUUCGGGCGAUACAGCAACACUGAAGAGCCUCUGCUGUCCAAGCUUUUCCCUCGACCCGUGGCUCCGGUGCAGUCUGUGGGGGACAGCAGCGACGCAGCCUGCCGACGGUCCUUUAACGAUUUUCGUUCGAUCCUACCGAGUCCUCUGCUCACAGUGUGUCAGGGAGAUACGUUGAAACAGAAGGGCUCCUCUGUGUCAAGUGUGUCGCAGCAGGCCAGUCCAGAAAGAGCAGGUCUGACACCCAGCUCCCCUGCAGAUCCCUCUGCGCACUACUUUGAAGGCUCUUACCUCUCUGAUGGGAGUGCAGUGGACCCUGAGUAUUACUUCUCCACCAUCAGCUCCAGCUUCUCUGUUUCUCCUCUUUUCACUGGGAGCAGCUCGGGGGAGUUCCAGGUCCCUCUGGACAUGCUCAGACAGCUCCUCCACAUGGUUGAGCAGUUUGUCUCAGAGUCUUUUUUGAAGUCAUUGGACAGCACCUUGGGAGAACUUCUAGAGGUGAACCCUGGUCUUCAGUUCUACUACAAAACCUUCAGCGAUCCUUUGUAUGUAGCCAUAUUUAAAAUGCUGAGAGACACCUUGUACAACCUGAAAGACCUUCAGAUGCACUAUGUGAAGGAAGUUCAUGACUUUGUUCUGGAGCAGUUCAGCAGCAGCCAAUCAGAGCUGCAGAGGAUUCUUCAUGAUGUGGAGUAUCUUCAGAGCGAGCUGAGCCCGCUGAAGCUGCGCUGCCAGGCCAACGCUGCCUGCGUGGACCUCAUGGUGUGGGCUGUGACUGAGGAACAGGGAGCUGAGAAUCUUUGCACCAAACUGUCAGAGAAGCUGCAGUCGAAGACCUCCAGUAAAGUUAUCAUCGCCCACAUGCCCCUCCUCAUAUGCUGCCUACAGGGUUUGGGUCGUCUGUGUGAGCGCUUCCCUGUGGUCGCCCAUUCUGUCACGACGUCCCUCAGAGAUUUCUUGGUGGUGCCCUCUCCUGUCCUGGUGAAGCUGUACAAAUACCACAGCCAGUACACAGUACCAGGAGGCGGUGAAAUUAAAAUCCAUGUGACCAACGAGCACUUUCAGUCCACUCUCAGCACCAACUCCAGCAGGAAGAGCCAGCCCUCCAUGUAUGAGCAGCUGCGGGACAUCUCCAUUGACAACAUCUGCAGGUGCCUAAAAGCUGGCCUCACCAUGGACAGUGUCAUUGUGGAAGCGUUCCUCGCCAGCCUGUCAAAUCGUCUCUACAUCUAUCAAGAAAAUGACAAGGACGCCCACCUUAUCCCGGACCAUACCAUCCGGGCUUUGGGUCACAUCGCUGUGGCACUACGGGACACCCCCAGAGUGAUGGAGCCCAUCCUGCAGAUUCUGCAGCAGAAGUUCUGCCAGCCCCCGUCUCAGCUGGACGUCCUCAUCGUGGACCAGCUGGGCUGCAUGGUCAUCACUGGAAACCAAUACAUCUACCAGGAAGUGUGGAAUUUGUUCCAGCAGAUUAGCGUCAAGGCAAGUUCGCUGGUUUAUUCAACCAAAGAUUAUAAAGACCACGGUUACCGACACUGCUCUCUGGCUGUGAUCAAUGCUCUGGGAAACAUCGCCGCCAACCUCCAGGCGGAGCAGAUGGUGGACGAGCUUCUGGUCAACCUGCUGGAGCUUUUCGUUCAGCUCGGCUUGGAAGGGAAGAGAGCCAGCGAACGGGCCUCGGAGAAAGGCCCAGCCCUGAAGGCGUCCAGCAGUGCCGGGAACCUCGGGGUUCUGAUCCCAGUUAUUGCAGUGCUGACCAAGAGGUUGCUGCCCAUCAAGGAAGCAAAGCCCCGUCUGCAGAAGCUCUUCAGAGACUUCUGGCUCUACUCCGUGGUGAUGGGAUUUGCAGUGGAGGGCUCAGGUCUGUGGCCCGAGGAGUGGUACGAAGGAGUCUGUGAGAUCGCCACCAAGUCACCGCUGCUCACCUUUCCCAGUGGAGAACCUCUGCGCUCGGAGCUGCAGUACAACUCUGCACUGAAGAACGACACUGUCACUGCUGCGGAGCUGAACGAUCUGCGCAGCACCAUCAUCAACCUGCUGGAUCCUCCUCCUGAGGUCGCCGCUCUCAUCAACAAACUGGACUUUGCCAUGUCCACGUACCUGCUGUCCGUGUACAGACUCGAGUACAUAAGGAUGCUGCAUUCUCAGGACUCGGACAGCUUUCAGGUCAUGUUUCGAUACUUCGAAGACAGAGCGAUCCAGAAAGACAAAUCCGGGAUGAUGCAGUGCGCGGUUGCUGUGAGCGACAAGGCUUUUGAGGUCUUCCUUCAAAUGAUGGCAGAAAAGCCGAAGACCAAAGGCCACGAGGAGGAGCUGGAACAUCACGCUCAGUUCCUGUUGGUCAACUUCAACCACAUCCACAAACGCAUCCGCAGAGUGGCGGACAAAUACCUGUCGGGUCUGGCUGAAACGUUCCCACACCUGCUGUGGAGCGGUCGAGUGCUGAAGACCAUGUUGGACAUCCUGCAGACGCUCUCGUUGUCCCUCGGUGCUGACAUCCAUAAGGACCAGCCUUAUUAUGACAUUCCAGACACACAGUACAGAAUCACCGUCCCUGACACGUACGAAGCCAGAGAGAGCAUCGUGAAGGAUUUUGCUGCGCGUUGUGGAGAAAUUCUUAAGGAGGCUAUGAAGUGGGCUCCAUCUGUCACAAAGUCUCACCUGCAGGAGUACCUGAACAAACAUCAGAACUGGGUGUCAGGUCUCUCCCAGCACACGGGGCUUGCCAUGGCUACAGAAAGCAUCCUGCACUUUGCUGGGUACAACAGACAAAACACCACGCUGGGGUCCACUCAGCUGACUGAGAGGCCCGCCUGUGUGAAGAAGGACUACUCCAACUUCAUGGCUUCUCUGAACCUCCGAAACCGAUAUGCCGGAGAGGUUGCAGGUAUGAUUCACUUUGCUCAGGCGGUCCGGGGACAUUCCGACCUCAGUCGGCUCAUGAUCCAACAGAUUGGAGAGGCUUUAGACUCCGCUCAGCCUGAAGCUUUCACCGAGGCCAUGUUCAAACUGGUGGCGCUGCUCAUCAGCUGCAAAGACUGUGAUCCUCAGCUGCUGCACCACCUCUGCUGGUCGCCCCUCAAAAUGUUUACGGAGCAUGGCAUGGAAACAGCCAUCGCCUGCUGGGAGUGGCUGCUUGCAGCUCGUGAAGGGGUGGAAGUGCCGUUCAUGAGAGAAAUGGCGGGAGCAUGGCAGAUGACGGUGGAGCUGAAGAUGGGCUUGUUCUCUGACGCUCAGGUGGAAGCUGAUCCUCUGGCAGCAUCAGAGGAGAGUCAGCCAGUCCCUUGCCCUCCAGAUGUGACCCCUCAUCACAUCUGGAUUGAGUUUCUAGUUCAGAGGUUUGAGAUAGCAAAAUACUCCAGCGCCGAUCAGGUGGAGAUCUUCUGCAUUUUGCUGCAGCGCUCUUUGUCUCUGAACGUUGGCGAGGCCAGGAGCAGCCUUAACCGCCACGUAGCUGCCAUCGGACCUCGGUUCAGGUUGUUGACUCUGGGUCUGGCUCUGCUGCAUUCAGACAUUGUCUCUAAUGCAACGGUCAGGAAUGUUCUCAGAGAGAAGAUCUACUCUACAGCCUUCGAUUACUUCAGCGUGUGUCCGAAGUUUCCCACCCAGGGGGACAAGCACCUCCGCGAGGACAUCAGCAUCAUGAUCCGCUUCUACGCCAACAUCCUGUCAGACAAGAAGUACCUGGCGGCGUGCCACCUGGUGCCACCCGACAAUCAGGACGCUUCGUUGAACAGCCUGUCGGUGAUGAACGCCGCCGACCUGAGGAGCAACAUGGACUCCAGCUCUCGCUCCCAGCAGAGCGGACAGGGCUGGAUCAACACCUACCCGCUGUCGAGUGGCGUGUCCACCUUGUCCAAGAAGUCAGGCACGUCCAAGAAGAGCAACAGAGGAACUCAGCUUCAUAAAUACUACAUGAAACGCCGCACUCUGCUGCUGGCGUUACUGGCCAGUGAGAUUGAACGGCUGACCACGUGGUACAACCCCCUCUCCGCUCAGGAGCUGGCCAUCGCCACGGAGCAGUCAGUGGAGACCAGCAUCGCCAACUGGAGGUCCAAAUACAUCAGUCUCACAGAGAAACAGUGGAAGGACAACGUCAACUUGGCCUGGAGUAUUGCCCCUUACCUGGCCAUGCAACUACCAACAAGGUUUAAAAAUGACGCCAUCGUCGCUGAAGUGACCAGAUUGGUGAGGCUGGACCCUGGAGCAGUCAGCAACGUCCCUGAGGCCAUCAAGUUUCUGGUGACGUGGCACACGAUCGACGCCGAUUCUCCUGAGCUGAGUCACAUACUGUGUUGGGCUCCAGCUGACCCGCCUACCGGUCUGUCCUAUUUCAGCAGUUUGUACCCUCCUCAUCCUCUCACCGCCCAGUACGGAGUUAAAGUGCUGCGCUCGUUCCCUCCGGACGCCAUCUUGUUCUACAUUCCUCAGAUUGUGCAGGCGCUCCGAUACGACAAGAUGGGUUACGUCAGGGAGUACAUCUUGUGGGCUGCUCAGAAGUCUCAACUUCUGGCCCACCAGUUCAUCUGGAACAUGAAGACCAACAUCUACGUGGACGAGGAGGGACACCAGAAAGACCCGGACAUUGGGGAGUUGCUGGAGCAGAUGGUGGAGGAGAUCACAGGUUCUCUGUCAGGUCCAGCUAAAGACUUUUACCAAAGAGAGUUUGACUUCUUCAAUAAGAUCACCAACGUGUCUGCGAUUAUCAAGCCAGUUCCAAAGGGAGACGAGAGGAAACGAGCCUGUCUCAAAGCUCUCUCCGACAUCAAAGUGCAGCCAGGUUGUUACCUGCCCAGUAAUCCAGAGGCCGUAGUGCUGGACAUUGACUACAAGUCUGGAACUCCCAUGCAGAGUGCUGCUAAGGCGCCCUACCUGGCUAAGUUUAAAGUAAAACGCUGCAGAGUGAGUGAACUGGAGAAGGAAGGUCUUCGGUGUCCAUCAGACUCUCUGGAGGACGGGGAGGAGAACCCAGAUGGGUCAUCCAGGGUUUGUUGGCAGGCAGCAAUUUUCAAAGUGGGAGAUGAUUGCAGACAGGAUAUGCUUGCUCUGCAGAUUAUUGGGCUUUUUAAGAAUAUUUUCCAGCUGGUGGGUCUGGAUCUGUUCGUCUUCCCCUACAGAGUGGUGGCCACUGCUCCAGGGUGUGGUGUGAUUGAGUGCAUCCCAGACUGCAAGUCCAGAGACCAGCUCGGCAGACAGACGGACUUUGGAAUGUACGACUACUUCCGUAACCAGUACGGAGAUGAAUCCACCCUCGCCUUCCAGAAGGCUCGGUAUAACUUCAUCCGCAGUAUGGCCGCCUACAGCCUCCUGCUGUUCCUGCUGCAGAUCAAAGACAGACACAAUGGAAACAUCAUGCUGGACAGCAAGGGACACCUCAUUCACAUAGAUUUCGGCUUCAUGUUUGAGAGCUCUCCUGGUGGAAACCUGGGCUGGGAGCCGGACAUCAAGCUGACGGACGAGAUGGUGAUGAUCAUGGGAGGCAAAAUGGAGGCCACGCCUUUCAGAUGGUUCAUGGAGAUGUGCGUCAGAGGAUACCUGGCUGUCCGGCCUUACAUGGACGCAGUGGUUUCUCUGGUGACCCUCAUGUUGGACACAGGACUGCCGUGUUUCAGAGGACAAACCAUCAAACUCCUGAAGGGACGUUUUAAUCCUCAGAUGAGUGAAAAAGAAGCUGCAGCUUUUAUCAUCAAAGUCAUCCAGAGUUGUUUCCUCAGCAGCAGGAGUAAAACCUACGACAUGCUGCAGUACUACCAGAACCAGAUUCCUUACUGA